CUUAGCCUGGAAGCCUCAGACCCCCAUUAUACAACUUGAGUCGCCCCCAACCUUCAAUUACGCAGCGAACAUCACAGUUUCGAACAACAUACGGCGAAAAAGCCAUGACAUCCAUCACGUCUAAUCAUUCGAGCACUAUGCCACGAAGUCGCAAGAGAAGGGAUCUCACAGGCAAGGUGGAGGGAAGAAAAUUUGCGUGUGAGAAUGCUGGAUGUGGAAGAAGCUUCACCAGAGCCGAGCAUCUUCAACGACAUCUGCUCAAUCACUCAACCGGAGAGCAUACUUGCGACCGAUGUCGAGCUCAUUUCAAACGAAGAGACCUGCUUGGUAAGCCACAAGUCUAGUUUCCUUCCAAGAUAUGUUUUCCAAUGCCACACAUGAGCCAUACGACCGUGUGAGGCGAAAGUGAGAUCUAUUACCUACGCCGUUGUACAACAUUUCAUUCGUCGCUUUGUUGUCCA